UUACAGUACAACCUGACGCUCAAGCCGUACCUGCCGCCGGCGGUGCCUGAGACGGAUCCGAAGGUGUUCACGUUCGACGGCAGUGUCAGCGUGCUGCUGCGCUGCGAAGUGCCCACCGACGUCGUGGUAAUGAACAUGAAGGCAAUUAAGUUGCAGGACCACACCCUGCGACUGUCCGACUUCAACGGGCGACGUCUGGCGUUCGCCACCCAGCCGUACGUCUACAACUCGUCACUGGAGACCGUCACCUUCCAGCUGAGCACCAAACUACUCAGAGGCUUCAACUACACCUUGUCGGUCAACUACACGGCUCGACUCGGCGACAACAAUGCCGGAUUUUACAAAAGCAAAUACGUCGACGGUGACGUGGUCAGGUAA